CUCAACUUAAUUCCGUGCUUGCUCUCCUGCUCUCGCUGGUCUCGUUCGUCGAGUUGAGCGCACAAGCUAUCAUGCCAGGCCCGCUCUCCUGGUUCAAGCACGCAAACGGGCACGACCAACCCACCGCCACCGACAUUGAAGAUGCCGAGCAAUUCGAGCUGCUCCCGGACUCCUCCUCACGCGCUUCCCCGUACAUCCGCACGCGCAAAUACGAAGACGGCACGACGAUCGACUGGCUGCGCGAAGAGGCUGCAGAGCGCAAGCGCAAGCGCGAGCUGGCCACCCAGCGAGGGUUCCGCGGCCUGCGUGCGCGCGUGGUGGACUCGUGCAGCAUGUGGCUCGUCAUCAUCCUUACGGGUCUCGGUAUCGGCGUCGCGGGUGCGUGGCUGGACGUGCUGGUGCGGUGGUUGAGCGACCUCAGAGAAGGCCGUUGCACGUAUGACCUCUUCUACAACCAAGUACUGUGUUGUAGUGGGCUCGACCCUGGAGAGGUCUGUACCGAAUGGCAGACCUGGAGUGAGUAUCUGCACGUCAGGAGCAUACUCGGACAAUCGAUCCUCCAGUCGUUCAUAUACACGGGACUUGCAGUGGCGUUCGCAGGAAGCGCUGCUGUUCUGGUGAAGACAUACGCGCCAUACGCGUUCCACACUGGAAUCCCAGAAAUCAAAGCCAUUUUGAGCGGCUAUGUGCUGGACUCGUUCCUCAGCUCAUGGACACUGCUCAUCAAAGCGCUGGGCCUGGCACUCGCAGUCGCAUCCGGUCUGUCGCUCGGCAAAGAAGGCCCGCUAGUCCAUGUAUCCUGCUGCAUGGCAUUCCUUCUUUCCAAGAUGUCCCGAAACGUCUACGGCAACGAAGCCCGCAAACGCAAGAUGCUCGCCGCAGCAGCAGUAGCCGGUGUCUCAGUCGCCUUCGGGAGCCCGCUCGGCGGGGUGCUCUUCGGGCUGGAGGAGCUCGACACGUUCGCGAGCGGGACGGACGUGAUGUGGCGCGGGUUCGUGACGUCCGUGAUUGCGGCGAUGGCGCUGCAGUACGUGGACCCGUUCGGGACCGCGAAGCUCGUGCUGUUUCAGGUGCAGAUCUCCGAGGCGACGACGGUAUGGAGGGCGUUUGAGCUCGUGCCGUGGAUGCUGCUGGCGGUGAUUGGAGGUUUGCUGGGAUCGCUCCUUAUCAAGCUGAACGCGGCCGCAGCGGUGUAUCGGCGGAAUAGCAUCCUGAAUAACUGGCCGACGCUUGAGGUCGUGGGGUUUAGCGCGAUCACCGCUGCUGUCAGUUAUUUGGUAGUCUUUCUGCGCGUCCAGACCUCAGAGCUCGUCGCGAAUCUCUUCACGGAAUGUGAUCCGGCAAAGGGCGACUUCCAUGGGCUGUGCAACGCGACGGCGAUCUGGGCGAAUGUGUUCCUCCUGAUCCUCACCGCAAUGACGAAGAUCGCCCUCACCGCUUGGACAUUCGGCAUGAUGAUCCCUGCGGGUAUCUUCCUCCCCACCAUCGCGAUCGGCGCUUGCCUCGGGCGCGCUGUAGGGCUCAUCACGCAGGGUCUGCACCGCGCGUAUCCGGGCGCGUGGAUAUUCUCGUCGUGCUCGCCGGAGCCGACGGUAAGAUGUGUCUCGCCGGGGUUCUAUGCUGUGAUCGGCGCAUCGGCAAUGCUGGGUGGCGUCACGCGAAUGACUGUCUCGCUCGUUGUCAUCCUCUUUGAGGCGAGUCACCGCUUCUUUCCUCUUCUCACCGGUGCGCUCUCGCACGUCCUCCCGAUCAUGCUCGCCGUGCUGGUGUCAAAGUGGGUCGCGGACUAUGCAGGCGGGAAGGAGGGCAUCUUUGCGCGCUGGAUCGAGCUGCAUGCGUAUCCCUGGGUGCCACCGCUCGCGGAGUUCAGGGACCGUGGGGAGACGGCCGCGAGCGUGAUGCGCGGCGCGGCAGAGCUCGUCGUCCUGCACGAGGGGGAAGCUGGGUUGGGGUUGGGGGAGCUGGGGGAGGUGGUUAGAGGGGAGAGGUUCCAUGGGUUUCCGGUGGUGUGUGGGGAGAGGCUGGUGGGGUAUGUGACGAGGGAGAGAUUGAGGGCGUAUAUCGAGCCGCUUCUGGAGGAGGACCAGGCGUCGGGCGUACAGAGACGGUGCACAUUCGUGCCGAGGAGGCGAGACGGCGGGGGCUACAAUGACCGUGGAGAUCGCAUGAAUGCAAACGGAGACAGCAGUGCUGCGGACACAGAGCUCAUUGACCUGAGCACGCUCCUCGAGGAAGCGGUGUUACAACUCCGCCCUGAGAUGCCGCUCGAGCUCGUGGUCAGCAUGUUCCAGAAACUGAACCUGCGGCACGUCCUGCUGUCGAAAGCGGGAAAGCUAACGGGGAUGGUGACUAAGACGGACAUUGUGCACCUAUUCACGGCCGACUUUGCGUACACGGGUGCACUGGCGAAACAG